AUGGCCUCAGUCUUUACCUACGACCCGGAUCCUCCUCGGGUCUCCUCGCCCUGGAUUUUGGCAGACGACGCAGACACUUCUCCGGCAUCAGGUACAGCGGUGACUCAGACCGGUUUGCUGUCCGAGUAUGGCGUCACGAGGCUGGAUGCAGAGCCGCAGACUGGUCCGAUCGAGUAUAAGCUUCAUCUACUGCUUCGAUCAAGACGCAGUUAUGUGUACAUGAGCACGGUGGACCAGAAGAGAGACAGGCUCCAUGCGCAGCCCGGAGACGGAUCGGCGCUGUAUUCGGCCUCGCCUGCUUCUUACUCGGCCUCUCCCACUCCUGCAUCGUCAAGUCAGCCUCGCCAGGAACGGCUCCAGCGCCUCACGACGCAGCUGCUGUGGCGCCUGCAGCAGUCGUCGCCGUAUCAUGCGUCGAGUUCAAGAGAGGUGAAGAUCCCGAAGCUGCCUGAUGGCAGCGCAGAUACAGAUUCGCCAGAUCUUUACGGCACUCAGAUUCCCGGCCUUGAGGAGUCGCAAGGAGCUCUAUACGAGAUUGGCGUUUCAGACGAUGGACACCUUGUCGGACUGGCCAAGGACGAGCUGGACGAGAGCAUUGCGACUCUGAGAGUCAUGGCGGCUAGCCUCGGAUGCGGCGUUACUGUCCUGCGAAUGGUGAUUGUGGGUGAUUGUGAAUGGAUCGAUAUAAUCGACCUCAAUGUGAAUGCUUCUCACGGGCCGACUCAGGUCACCAAACGGGACAGACUCUGGGUGGCUGAGGCACUGAUAACACCCAGCACUGAGAUGCUACAUUCGAAGGAUGCAAAACGGACCAACGAGUCUGCUGACGGAACUUCCUUGCAAUCUUCUGGCUCAACAACAGUGCCAGGCCAUGGUAAAUCUACAACACCGCAGCUACGGGUUACCCUGACUGGCCCCAUAGCAUCGGGAAAGUCCAGCCUUCUAGGAACGCUAUCUACAGGAACUCUGGACAAUGGCCGGGGCAAGAGUCGCCUGAGCUUAUUGAAGCAUCGUCACGAGAUGGCAUCCGGAAUGACCAGCUCCAUUGCACAGGAGCUCAUUGGAUACAAGGAAAGACUCAUUUUCAGCUUUUCCCAUCGCAAUAUUGAGUCAUGGCUUGACAUUCACGACUAUGCCAACGAUGGCCGACUUGUAUUCGUGUCUGACUCUGGUGGCCACCCAAGAUAUCGACAUACCGUGUUUCGUGGACUCAUGAACUGGGCACCCCAUUGGAUGGUCCUCUGCAUUGCUGCGGACGACGCUGAAAUGACGUCUCGAGCCCAUGACGUGACCGCACCGGCACCAGAUUCAGGGGAGACUGAUUUGGUCAAGGCUCAUUUGGACCUCUCGCUCAAAUUAGACGUUCCAUUGGCAAUCGUCAUUACAAAAUUGGAUCUCGCGUCUAAAGUGGCCUUGCAAAAGACAAUGACCAAGAUCCUUGGUGCUAUACGAGAUGCGGAUCGUGUACCAAAACUUCUGCAGCCUGACCAACAACCGCGAGACCAGCUGUCAGAAAUUCCACAGACGGACUGGGACAAGGUGCAGAGCUUUGUUGGAAAUAUAUCCGAGCAUGGGGACCUGCUGAAGCAUGUUCCUAUUGUGUUUACUAGCGUUUUGAAAGGGGUGGGUAUUGGCCUUGUCCAUGCUCUACUUGCGAGCCUACCUUUACCUCCUGCACCCACGCCUCAUACUUCCAAAGACGCAGUCCCUCAGUCAGAGCAACCGAGAAAUCUUUUCCAUAUUGAUGACACGUUCAGCUUGCCCAGAUCUUUUGAUGAUUCGCUGGCGAAUUUGGACGGAGUUAUUGUAUCCGGCCAUGUCCGUAUUGGCAGCUUCUCAAUAGGACAGACCAUUAUUGUUGGACCAUUUUCGUCGGGCCAUACGCUUGACCGUGGUUCUGGAACUGAAUACCAAUCAUCACCUGAGGGUCGUGGAUCACCGGCACUGCGCGCAAUUUCAGCUACGGAUCCCAAUGGGAACAAGAUAGGUGGCUCAGUAUCCCCGCCAACAGAUUCAGAUGAGUGGCAGAAAGCACGCAUUGUGAGCAUUCGUAACCUUCGGUUGCCUGUCGGAGUACUAGAAGCUGGCCAGGUUGGAUCGAUUGGGCUUGUAUUUGAGACAGACCACAGCGAUCUCACAGUCCUACCAGAUACCCCUCAGAUUCGAAGAGGCAUGGUUAUUAGCACGCCAACUCUGGGCAUGCCUGAUAGUGAAAUGCCCCUCCACGCUUCCCGUGGGUUCACUGCAGUGUUUGAAGAGGACGGUGCCCAGUUCCCACCUUCUGGCACACUCGUCAACGUUCUCUUUGCCUGUGUCAGAACUGCUGCUCGGAUCCUUGAUGUUUCUGUUCAGCACCGCGGCGAGGUAGGCGAGACGGUGGGGCCACUCGACGCGGACCACAGAGCAGAAACUAUGAAAGAAGACUCUGUGGGAGAUGCAGUAACAAAGGUAACUUUAGAAUUAGUGCACAGUCGAAAGUGGGCUGAGCUAGGGUCAUCAGUGAUCAUCAUGGGAAACGGUAGCCAUGAUGGAUCGGGGUUGCAGGGUUUUGUUGGAAAGAUUACAGACGUCAUGUGCUAA